AUGACUGCCGAAACUUCUUCUACUGCAGACCCCCUCGCUGCCUUUCCCCCGGAGAUCGUUCUGCGUAUCUUGGAAUUCUCUCCAGUCUCCGCCCUCGCCGCCCUCACUGCCACCUCCAAAGCCUGGCAUCAGUUCAUCGAAUACACCCACCAAGAAGCUAUCUACACCUCCGGAUACAAGACUUUUCGUCCACCGGGAUGCUCUCGUCCUCGUGAACUAUCCUUCCUAUCCGAUACCCAUUCCUUCUCUCGCUUGUUUGAAGGGACAACAUCAUGGAAGGAUCUUUGCAAACGCCAAACUCUUCUAGCUCGCAAUUGGACCGAUCGUCGUCCCAUGAGCCAGGAGUCAGUCUUGCAAAUUGGCAAUGAUCCUGUGUGGCGCUUCCGACCGGAUUUCAAACGCCGUUUCUUCGUCUCCUCCUCCCAUGCUGGCGGGCUGAAUGUCACCGACAUGGACACCGGUCGCAUCCUCUGGCGACUCCCCUCCACAACCGACAGCGACGGCGAUGCGGUGCGUCCCUACGCACAUCUCGAAUAUCAAGAUGGUAUGGUGGUAUUUGAUAGGGAAGGGGAUGGCGUCGAGGUUUGGCAGACCGAUCAAGACGGUGCGACACGGGGGGAGUUUCGUCGGAUUGCCAUUUUGAAUCAUGAUUGCCAGACGAGAGGGUUCCAAUUAUCUUACUGGACUCUCUGUGUGGUCUCCAACCAGGGACACGGCUUCGUAUACGAUAUGACACAGCGCCCGCCCACGAUGAAAACCCACCUGAACAUCGAAAAGGAGGCGGUCGGCCAUCUCGAUCAAAGCGAAGAUGCCGUCAUUUACUCCAUCGGACAAAAGGGUUACUACGCCUACGACAAAACGAGUGGUGACUUCCUUGGGGCUCUCCAACCAUCGCAGUGCACCGACAAAUAUCACAUUCUCCCACCCGCCGCCAGUUCGCCGUCUGCGACCGCAGCAUUGGCCGGCGCCGCGCGAUAUGGAACAGCACAUCGACCAUUCCCGCCCGGGGCCCCUCGAAAGGAUUCCCUCGUGCCCCUCAAACUCAACUCCGGGCCCAUUCCGACCUCCGAGCAUAUGUGGGAUGGUGUCAAUGAAUGGGGGGGCUGGGAUGCUGGAUGCGUGUUCGUUUGUUCCGACUGGCGUAAAGCCAUUCGUGAUCCAGCAGGUCUGGUUGCACACAGCUCUGUGAUCGAAUGCAAGUCGGAUGGAUCAAGCUUCGACCUAGGUGGCUGGCUGUCAGUGCAGAAUCAUCGCGUCAUGUUUGAGAUACAAGAUCGCAUUUACAUCGUCGCACUGGAUGAUCGCGAUCGGAUUCAAAAUGUUGAAUCCCCAUCGCGCGCUUCUUAUUCAUUGCUGACCAGUUCGGCCCCUCAACUGGCAGUCCCGGUGAGCUUCAUGACGCUGUGCGACGAUGCGAUCAUGACCACCUAUACGACCCUCGGCUGGCGACAAUCCUUGCCUAAUAUCCCCGGUGAUGUGCAGCAAAAUGAGAAUCCCGCCCGCAUCUUCCCAACUAAAGCCAUUCGCGUCAUCAGCCUGGCCCCGGAUCUUCCCGGUGCAACACCAAAGUCGACCUCGAACACACCACCAACAAACACCACCGACGGAGACGGCUUGUUCGAUCCCAAUAGCCAGGACCGCCCGCCCGCAGACGAAAUAUGGCGCUCGCAAGCCGGACUCUUGCAACUCCUUAGCAUGCUAGGCGAUGAAUACGGCGAGGACGAGGACGACGAAGAGCUGCAGGCCAUAGUCACCGGUCUGGGCGAGGGUGACGCCGACCUUGAAUGGGAAGACGUGGACGAUGACGACGACGACGAUGAGGAUAAUCAGGAGGAAUCCAAUGCCCCGGGCCUCUCGUCGCACACCGACGCCAAUCCGGAAUCAUAG